AAGGCGAGAAAGGGAGAGAGCGAGUCACGAGUGAAUAAUGUUUACCACUCAUACUGAGGAAUGUAUUAGAGGUCGAAACUUUAGUCAGGUAUUGCGGUAUUAAUUUCAUUCAAAAGCCCUAUUCAAACCGCUCGAAGUCAAUACACUUGAGGAUAUACCAGCGACUGGAUCGACUGAAUGAAACAUGAGGAAUAAAAAGCGCGUAGAUUGUGGCUCUCUAAACCUGACGAGUUUUUGAAACGCCGAGCCAGGUACUUCGGCGUAGACUUUCAACCGUCGUUUUUUUGCGGGUGUACCUGUGCUUACGUGGCACUUUAUUUUUUUACUUGGAGACGAAUAAAAAAAAUCACGGUUUUGGAUUGUUUUGGGCACUUUUAUCGUGGCGAUGCGUUGUAUUCUCAGAGGUUUAGUAAGUUGCGUGGCUGGCACUAGUUUACUUGCGCCGGGCAGCCAAUCAGCGCGCUAAGUGCGCGACCACGGAAUAACACUAGUUAUUUUUUGCGUUCCUAUUGAUUUAUCUCCACAAUAACGUUCAAAGAUAACACCGUAGAGCUCUCCUUACAAAUUGACAGGAGAUAUUAAACCGUGACUUCGUUGGAAGGAGAAGUGUCAAGGCUUGCCUGCGUGUUUUUGGGCUGCUAAAAUGGAUGCGGGAAUGGAGAAGGAGUGCAGCGCUUUGGGAGGGCUCUUCCAAACCAUCAUGAACGACAUGAAGGCAAGUUAUCCUGCUUGGGAGGACUUUGUCACCAAAGGGGCCAAGCUACAAUCUCAGUUGAGGACGACGAUCAUUGUCACCAGCUCAUUCCUGGACGCUUUCCAGAAAGUGGCUGACAUUGCAACUGGAACACGGGGAGCGACAAAGGAAAUUGGAUCUGCUUUGACCAGGAUGUGUAUGAGACACAGAAGCAUCGAGAACAAGCUCAAAUUGUUCACCACAGCCCUGAUGGAUAGCUUAAUAACUCCUUUGGAACUGAAGAUUGAGGAGUGGAAGAAGGUUGCCAGUCAGUUGGAUAAAGAUCAUGCCAAAGAAUAUAAAAAAGCACGCUCCGAGAUCAAGAAGAAAUCAUCCGACACAAUUAAACUACAAAAGAAGGUUAAAAAAGGUAAAGACGAGGUGAGGAUGCAAUUGGACUCGGCUCUCCAAGAUGUCAACACGCGCUACGCUGUGCUGGAGGAGGUGGAGAAGAGAGCCGUGUGUCGAGCCCUUAUCGAGGAAAGAGGACGAUUCUGCUCCUUUGUCACAAUGCUCAAACCCGUCCUGGAUGAGGAGAUAGGCAUGCUGGGUGAGGUGACUCACUUACAGACGAUUCUGGAAGAUCUUGGCAACCUGACAGCCAAUCCCAACACACUGCCACCUGCUAGUGAACAGGUUAUUCAUGAUCUUAAAAGCUCUGACUACAGCUACACGUAUCAGACUCCACCUGGGUCUCCCACCAGCACGUUAUCACGCAAGAGCAGCAUCAGCAGUAACUACGCCUCUGUACGUCAUGUGCCGUCGCUGGACUCUAUCUCAAGCGCGGUAGAUGGACUUCACCUGCGACCAACAGACAUAACUCAGCGCUCACGCAGUCCUCUCCUCCUGGUAGGAGGAGGGGAAAGCGUUCGCUCCCUCAGCGAGGGCAAUUCUCCCACAAUCACCCGCACCGCCCGCCGCGGCCCACACCUACGCCACAGGAGCACUGAUCAAAGUGGUAUUAACAGCCAGUGGCAAGGUCAAAACGCCCCGGGUACAGAGAACGGGACUUUAAUGCCCCCACCACACAAAGUGUACAGUGGGCAUGAGGAGAGAUCCAGAACACUGUCUACUUCAGGCAAGCCACAGACAGCCAGAGAGCAGCUGGCUCUUGCACUGGGAGGCGGGCUGAACUCAGACGCUCCUCGGACCAGUCGAGAUUCACUUCAUUGCUCCAGUGGAUACAGCACACAGACGACUACACCAUCCUGCUCCGAGGACACCAUACCCUCACAGCAUGCGAUAAAGAAAGAACCACCUCUAUAUGAUUAUGACUAUAUCUCUCUGCAUGGUGGAGAGGACGCCCACAGUCAAUCUGAUUUUGAUAAAUCUUCAACGAUUCCUCGCAACAGUGACCUGAGUCUCAAUUAUCGCAAAAUGUUUCAAACCAAGAGGCCGGCGUCCACCGUCAGUCUGCUGAUGGAUCCCGAGCCUUUAGGGCCACACACGGCCACUAUUCGGCGUAAACCCUCCAGCAAGCCCAACAUUCGGCGUGGAACAAUCAGCGGAGGAGUUCCCAUACCAAUCUCAACACCGCAGGUCCCACUGAAGGCGUCUGUUUCUACAGUCGGUCUGAGCGGCAGUGAUGAGACCGUGUGCCCGCCAGGAGUGAUGCAAAGGCUACCCGUAUCUGAUCUGGCUCACACCAAACAAAAUCUCUGUGUGUCCACCCAAAGUCUAAGUGCCAUGCCACCUCCGUACUAUUCAAUGUUCCCUGGGCAGCCACCAGUGGGCGGCACAGAGCAGCUGUAUCAAAUGAGCAAACAGCAGCAGUAUGCGGUGCAUCAACACCAGCAAAGGCAAUAUCAACAACAACUGCAGCAGCAGCAAAAUAAUCAACAACAACAAUAUAAUCAGCAACAGCUCCAGCAGCAAAAUAAUCAACAAUACAGUCAACAACAGCAAAAUAUUCAACAACAGCAAUACAAACAACAGUUCAAUCAGCAGCAACAAUACAAUCAUCAGCCGCAAUAUAAUCAACAACAGCAAUACAGUCAACAACCGCAACAACAAUAUCAACAACCACCGCAACAACAACAUCAACCACCGCAACAACUUCAACAACAAUAUCAACAACCACCGCAACAACAACAUCAACCAUCACAACAACCGCAACAACAACAUCAACCACCGCAACAACUUCAACAACAAUAUCAACAAGCACAACACAAUCAACAGCCACAACAACACAUUCAACAACCGCAAUAUCAGCAAACAGAGCGUCAAAAAGAGCUCCAACAGAAAUUUAAAGAACAAAAGCAUCAAACACUUCCUUGUCAACCGCAACAAAAUCAGCAACAUCUACAGGAAGUGCCGACUGAAAGUGGGCGGCCCCAACCUGGCGUGGACCGUUCCAACAGUGUUCCCGAUUCCGGCAGCGGAGGCGACAUGUUGUCCCUGAUCCGCAGGGGAGUCAAACUACGUCGGACGCUUACCAACGAUCGUUCGGCACCUUUCAUCACCCCCAACCAUCUCAAUUAAACUUUUUUUUACUUUCUUUAAUUUCAUCGGUGGCUUUUUACAGUCGUUUGGCUUUGCAUCUUUUUGUUUAACUACUUUUUUUAGUGCAGGCAGAACUAUUCACUUAUGUACGAUUCCUCCAACAAAAGACAUUUUCGAUUCUGGGAAAUCAGUUUUGAUUGAACUGCACUGUGCUUGACGAACAAACUUUCUCGAACUCGGAGCAAGUUAUAGAUGCAGUGUCCGUACGAAUGUUGCCUCAGUAAAUUAAACUUAAUUCUUCACGCGUAGAUCGAUAUAUAAAUAUAUACGUACUUGGAUAUACAGAUUGAUGGUUGGAGGAGCUUAAGAUAUAUUAAAUUUAUUUCUUUAUGUUGUAUUUGUGGAAGAAAAAGCACUCGGCCUUUAUGACUUCUGGUUAGAGAUCAAAAACUUCUUUGUAUAUAUUAGCGAAACCAUUGCUGUUGUAUUAUUCUUGUUUUUGGUUUGUUUUUGAAAUUAGAUAAAGCAGCGCUAGAUGUCUAUUUUUGUACAGUUUAGGGUAACGGAAAAUUGCACCACUGCCUUUAAUCCACCCAAUUACCGGACAUGCGAUGGGGUUGCAGUCAAGCGAGGAUGUAAAAAAUGUAAUUGGGUGGAUAAAUGAAGGACUGGAAUAGUGGCUCAUAUUUGUGUUGCUUAUAACUGUGAGAGCUUACGAGGCAUCACUGUGGUUAUUUAUUCUACCAGAAUUAUUUGUUUACCAAAGCAUUGAUGCUGUAGUCCUAUAGAUGCGUAUGUGAGGUAUUUGGUAUAAAGACUGGAUUCAUAAAACCUCCGUUUUUGACUUUUUUUAAACAUUGUUGCAUUGACAGGGAAGCCUCGGAUUAAAAAUUGCAACUCUUUUCUGUUUUAUAAGUAUUUACUUUUCUUUUACCUGAAAAUUUAUGCUUGUUGGUUUUGUAAAGUUUUAAAAAUUUUCUUGCAAGUUGUCUCGUUUUCUCAAAUUGAAGUAUGCAAACUUACAGGAAAUACAGAUCAAUAGAUUUAAAGUUUAAUUAGUAAAGAAGAUAUAAACUCGGAAGUUAUUUUAUACGUACUGUAUAUGAACCUACUUCAGGUCACGUCAAGAAACUUAAUAAUAAUAAAUCUUAUGAAUAAUCAUUUGAACCUUGAUCAACAAACCUGCUGAAUAAACCUGAAAUGUACCACAAAGAGAUGAGUUUGUCGAAUGUUCGUUGCAUAAAUACAGAACUGAGAUCUCAGUGCUGUUCUUUACUGGUGUAUUUUUUUGUCUUUACAUUAUUUUACCUUUGCCAUUUUCUAAAUUCACUGCAAAAAAUGAUUUUCAAGAAAAAAAUUCUUAGUAUUUUUGUCUUGUUUUCAGUAAAAUUCUUAAAUUAAGAUGCUUUUUCUUGAUGAGCAAAACGACCCAAGAAAAUAAGUCUAGUUUUUAGACCGAAAAUAUCAAAUUUAAGUGAUUUUGUGCAAAAAAUGAGCAAAAAAAUCUGCCGAUGGGGUAAGCAAAAAAUCUGGAAAAAUUUUCUUAAACACUAAUUUCAAGAAAAAUUGAAAACUAGAAUUAUUUUCUUGGGUCAUUUUGCUCAUCAAGAAAAAGCAUCUUAAUUUAAGAAUUUUUAGAUUUUUUUUGUUUUUUGCAGUGUAGGCUUUCUACAUUUAUUUUGAUGACUAUUUCAGCGCUUUUAUUUUAAAUACAUUUACAUUUUUGAGAGUUUGAUCUGCGAGUGAAUUACCCAGAAUUCUUUUGGUUUGUGUUGAUGCACCUUUGGUCUUUGUAAUUUUGCUACGCCCCCCUGUUUUCUUUCCCGCACACACACACACACAAGCCGAUGCUGGAUGUUGGUUUGACGUGCAUCACAAAUCUUAUGGUUUUAAUCACAUUUUUUAUCAGGUUUCUUGCAUCAAGCAUAGAUUGUAUUCGUCCCUGUAUGAUGCUGUAUGUUAAUUUACAUGAUAUUUAGUCCCUGGUUGUUUGGUUUGUGUGUAAAAGUUUGCCUAGAAAAACGACUAACCUAAAAACUUAUUAUUUCUGUCUCGUGCACAUGCUGGCAGGUGCUCUUUGUAUUGGACUUUUUGAACUUUCCCUCUUUCUCCGGUUAUAAAAUGACUUCACAUGAAGGUGUUUCUUUAUUAUUUACGUAAUUCUCCUCCUAUCGCUCCCCAUUUUCUUGCUCUUUUUAUAUCUUAUUUUAUUCUGAAUCUAGGGUUACUUCGCACCUGUCUGGGUGAUAUAUAAAGUUUCUACGCCCCCUGUCCAUCUGUAUGCCCGAUUGUCUUCUCGGCGUACAGUGAUUUACAUGCUUUCAAUCCUGACACAAUGUUCUUCAGGCCUUGUACUGAAAGAUUAACUUGCAGCUGCUGUACGUCUCUCUUUCUGUAUGUUAAAGAAUAUCACUUUACUCUGAAAGGUGAGAUGUUGGUCCACUGAUGUGUAUUGUUAUUAGUGGCUGUCGGUGAUGUUUGAAGUUGUUCACUUGUCGUCUCUUUGGAAAUGCAUGUUUAAUCGGCGAUCGUUGUCUGUAUUUGUUCUUAUACGUACAGGUCUGAGUUCAGUUUAUGCCUUUACAAUUGCUAUUAUACAGAUGGUACUGUUCAGCAGGUGAAAAGGAGGAAAUUUACCCAGGGAGCGUUCUUGUUUUGAAUUUGAGGUCGUUUUUCUCUUUUUGUUUUGUUUUUAUAUCUAAUGUUUAGUCUGCAGUUGUGCCAUGUCAUGAUAGAAAUUUACAAAGCACCAAAUGAAAUAGAUGAAUGAGAGACAAAUAUGUUAUUUCUUGGCAAUGUACUAUACUAUAUUCUCCCAUAUUUUGAAAUUUGUCCUGAGCUGAUCUUAGUUAUUAAUGCAAAAAUCUAUGAGAGGUUGUGCGAUAUUAAGUUUAAAUUUAUGUUGUUAUGCACAAAUUUGUCUCGAUGCCCAGCCUCUGGUGUAUUUUUUUGAUUUUUCUAAAACCUAUGACAGAGAAUUUAGAUAACUUUAGUCUUAAUUUGACAAGCAGGCCUUAAUUAUUGUUAAGAGUUUAAAUUUGAAGAUGCGUGCGUGCGUGAGUGAGUGAAGAGAGUUGAUCUCUCAAUGUAUAGAUAUCAUGUUACUGUGUGACUCUCAUGACUGUAGUCAAUGCUAAAGCCUCAAACACAAUGGAAUGUGGGUUUAAAAAAUAUAACAAUGUUCAAAAGGUAACAUCUGAGUCCCUGUUUUUAUUUAUUUUAUUUUAACUUUCAUGCAUACAUUUGAUCAAACAUUUGUAUGAACUAAGACGAGCACUGUAAUGAUAAUUGCCUAUUUUUUAUUCUUUUAGAUUUUUGGGUAAUAAUUUAGCAUGACAGACAAAUUAAUAGAUGCGUACAUAUUAUACUGUACAUACGCUUAUUUGAACACAUCAUUGGGUUAACUAUGAACAAACUUAACCACUGGGUUAGGAUGAAACAUUUUAUAUAUUUGACAGACAGAGAGAGAGGGAUGGAUGGAUGGAU